UCAGAGUCAGUGGUCCCCACACUGCGCCACUUUUGUUUUCUCUACCACUCAUAUAUUCUCUCCUAGAAGAGAAUCUCUCAUAAAGUGUGAUUGAUACUUGAUAGAGUGAUUGGUGAUUGUCUGAUUAAAGUAGUAAGAGCAAUGAAUGUGAUCCACCCGACGGUGCACCCAAUAGAGGCGCCACCGGUGACCGACGCGGCCAACAAUGCGAUACCCAGAGGGAGGAUGAAGGAUAUGCAGGGAACUCCCGGUACUCCCGGUGGCCUUGCUCUCCGCUUCUUUCAGUUCGCUUUCGCACUCGUCGCACUAUGCGUCAUGGCCACCACUACUGACUUCCCUUCCGUCACCGCCUUCCGAUAUCUUGUGGCCACUGUCAGCUUGCAAAGCUUAUGGAGCCUCACUCUUGCCAUACUUGAUGCAUAUGCAAUUCUAGUGAGGCGCCGUUUCCGACAUCCCAGGGUUGUCAGCUUGUUUGCCAUCGGUGAUGGGAUCACUUCCACACUAACAUUUACUGCGGCUUGUGCAUCGGCUGGUAUCACUGUACUUAUUGGCAAUGAUCUGAAUGAUUGUGCACGAAACCAUUGCACUAGAUUUGAGACCGCAACAGCCAUGGCAUUUAUGAGUUGGUUUGCUGUCUCACCAUCUUUUUUAUUGAAUUUCUGGACAUUAGCAUCCAAAUAAAAGACAUGGCAUUCUGUGUUUUGCUAUGAUCACUGAGGGUUGGUUCGUCAAGUUCUACGUGUGAUGUAAUUUUUGAUCCAUUCCUUUUGUAAAUUAUGUAGCUCGGCCUAAAGCUUUAUUAUCUUCUUCUAUUUGUAUUUUUAUUUUUUUCUAACUGCCUUCAGCUUUAUUAUCGCAUUAAAGAUUUGGAGUAAAAUAUAUUUGAAGGCAGAAUAUCAAUAGAUUGAGUGUUUGGAGAGUUUAUUAUGAUGGAAUAUCAGAUUUGCAGGUUCUUUGA